AUGCGUGUCUCCGUUACUGCCGUUGCUUUGCUACUUGCAGGCGCUGCCACGGCGCUGGACAGCCCUCAUCGCAAGGGCGUUAGGUAUCCGCAAAAGAACAAUCACCGCCUAUCUUCCAGAGCUGUCACCGUUGCCGAUCAUGGGAACUAUCGAUAUCUGACCUCCCAGACGAAGAGGUUCUUGGUCAACGGCACUGCCAUUCCCGAGGUCGAUUUCGACGUGGGCGAGUCGUAUGCUGGCCUUCUUCCCAACACUCCGGCCGGAAAUUCCAGUUUGUUCUUCUGGUUCUUCCCAUCGACUAACCCUAAGGCCCAGGACGAGAUCACCAUCUGGCUCAACGGAGGUCCUGGGUGCAGCUCCCUAGACGGAUUGCUGCAGGAAAACGGACCGUUUCUCUGGCAGUCGGGCACAUAUAAGCCCAUCCGUAAUCCAUACUCGUGGACCAAUCUCACCAACGUGCUAUAUGUGGACCAACCGGCUGGAACGGGUUUUUCCCCCGGUCCGCCGACAGUCAACAAUGAAGAGGAUGUCGCAAACCAAUUCAAGAGUUGGUUCAAACACUUUGUUGAUACGUUCAACGUCCAUAACCGGAAAGUAUACAUCACGGGUGAGAGCUACGCAGGGCAGUAUAUUCCUUAUAUUGCCUCGGCCAUGCUGGACACCAAGGACCACCAGUAUUUCAACGUCAAGGGUAUCCAAAUCAACGAUCCCUCGAUCAAUGAUGAUUCGGUGAUGACAUACGCUCCGGCAGUUAGGCAUCUGAACCAGUAUUUGAACAUCUUCUCCCUUAACGAUACCUUUGUCAAGGACGUCAAUGAAAGAGCUGAAGCCUGUGGCUACAACAAAUUCAUGGACGCAGCCUUAACUUUCCCUCCCCCAAAGAACUUCCCGGUCCCUCCAGACCCGAGUAAGAAUAACUGCGCCCUGUGGGACGAGAUCAUCCAGGCGGCCUACUACGUCAAUCCUUGCUUCAAUUUCUACCAUAUUACCGACUUCUGUCCCUAUCUGUGGGACGAGAUGGGCUUCCCAUCUCUUGCGGGCGGUCCCAACAACUACUUCAACCGAUCCGACGUUCAGAAAGUUUUGAAUGUACCCCCGACCGACUACGCGGUUUGUGGAGAUACCACCAUUUUCCCCAAGGGCGAUCAAUCACUCCCUAGCGCUCUGGGGCCACUCCCUGGUGUCAUUGAACGAACCAACAAUGUCCUGAUCGGCCAUGGAUGGUUGGACUAUUUGCUCUUUGCGAACGGGUCUCUGGCGACGAUUCAGAAUAUGACGUGGAAUGGAGCUCAAGGCUUCCAACAUGCCCCGGUAGAACCGCUCUUUGUGCCCUAUCAUUAUGGUCUGGCAGAGCUCUGGAGUUCCACAGCCCCGAAUCCAUUCAUUCUUGAUGCAGGAGCUGGGUACAUGGGAACCGCGCACACAGAGCGCGGGCUGACCUUCUCCACCGUCAAUUUGGCAGGUCACGAGAUUCCCCAAUACACGCCUGGAGCGGCUUAUCGUCAUCUGGAAUUUCUUCUUGGUCGCAUUGACAAUUUAUCCGCUCUCGGCAAUUAUACUGCAUAG